AUGGACCCUAAAGCUCGCAGACGCGUGGCUCUCAUCACCGCAGCUAACUCGGGCGUCGGGUGGCACACACUGCUCCAGUUGUACUUGCACGGAUAUGUGGUGUACUUGGCUGGCCGGUCCAAGAUGAGGUGUAUGAAGCUGAUCAAGGAGUUGGAGCAGGAGGCGCUACGAAUACGCGAGGAGAAGCUGAACGGUGGUGGUGGAGGCAGCAGCAGCAGCAGCAGCAGCAGCAGCAGGAGCAACGGCAGCCUCGGCGAGCUCCGAUUUCUAGAAUUGGAUUUGGCCUCGUUGGACCUGGUGCUCGCUGCUGCUGCUCACAUCAGGCUGACCGAACGGAACUUGGACGUUUUGAUCAAUAACGCUGGCGUGAUGGGUUUGCCGAUAACGUCCACUCACGAUGCGUUUGAGUUGCAGCUUCAGACUAACUACGUGCUGCAGUUUUUGCUCACAACAAAGCUUUUGCCCUUGCUAGAGCGAACGGCCGACUUGUACCCGGAUGGGGACCCUCCCAGAGUGCUAUACUUGGGCUCUGCGGGCCACAGGCUUGCGUUCAGGUACUUCAACUUGGGGCUGACGUUCGACUACCACCCAAACGCUGUGUUUACGUGGUUUCGAUAUGCCAUGGCGAAAACGGCAGGGGUGCAUUUCAUGAAGAUGUUGGCGCUCAGGAACCCGAGAAUCCUUUGCUUGUCGGUGCAGCCAGGGUUCAUCAUGAACACAAAUUAUUUCAGCUACUGGACUCGUUUGCCCAUCAUUGGCAUUUUGUUUUGGUGCUUGUUUCAAAUUUUUGGCUACUUUUUUGGUGUCACCGUGGAGGAAGGUGCAAACGCUUUGGUGGUGAGUGCGUUAGACUCGCUGCUAACGCUUGCAGAGCACAGCGGAGCCAUUGUGGGCGUUGACGGCAAGAAAGUCUCGUCUUCGAGCGUGGCGCUGAAUAUGGAUUACGCUGCACGAUCGUGGAUAUGGACAAUCCACCAGUUGGGCAAGCGGCACAUUGAUCUCCUGGGGAGACCAUAG